AUGCCGGGCAUUCCUACAACAUCUAUUGUGUUCCCUCUGCUCUCUAAUCGCUUCCUGUUCUACUGUACAAUUAAGUCAGAUGAUGGGGGGGCCCUGCAUGCCCCUGGCUCCGUCAUACAGAAGGAAAAUAACAAGAAUGACAAGAAGAUCCUGGAACUCAUGUCCAACAUCAUCCAGCUGCUGACUGGAGAGGUUGCCAUAAGGACUCAUCAUGUUUCCAUCUAUUUUUCCUUGGACGAGUGGGACUAUAUAAAAGGAAACAAGGACCUUUAUGAGGAAGGGAUGAAGGAGGAGUCACAGCAGCUCCACCCACUGGGUUGGGAAAGUGAUAUUCCAACUGAUCUGGGAGGAACAUUAUGUUAUAAUAAUGAGCCAAGCAAGAUUGAGACUAAAGGAGCAGAUUUUUGUGGCAACAGAAAUCUCAGAACCACUGAAAUGUCUCCAUUGGAACAGCCCCCACCAGCCAAUGGGAUUAAAGAGGAAGUGGUUUCAUGGGAAGAGGGAAACCAAUCAGAUUGCAGCAUUAAUCCAUUUACAGAACAGAUACUGGGAAGAGAUACACCUACUUCUAUCAUGGGAUGCAGCCAAAAUAAAGUGACAGAUAAUUAUAUAUCUGUGGUUAUUAAAGAGGAACCGGAUUCAUCUGAAGAGGAAAAGAUACAUGGUACAAGUAGUCCCACUGUCAAGGUUUGCAGCCUAAAUAAUAGCAGCCCUGUUAAAGCAAUGACACAGGAAGCAGCUUCAUGGGAAGGAGGAAACCAAUCAGAUUGCAGCAUUAAUCCAGUUACAGAACAGAUACAGGGAGCAGAUACACCUACUCCUAUCAUGGGAUGCAGCCUGAAUAAUCUUUCUAAUUUAAGAAUAAUUACAAUUACACAGCCAAUACUAGGAACAUAUAUCUCCACCCCUAUGUUAGGGUGCAACCUAAACAUGAAUCUUCCUGCUAGUUAUGUAGAAAAUAAAGAGUCAAAUUCAUGGGAAGGGGGAAACCAUUCAGAUUACAGAAUGAUUACAAUACCAGAUCCGGCUACAGCUGUUAAUGACUCCAAACAAAUGGAACCCCUUGUACAGGGAAAGUUACGUUGCGCUGUGUGCAAUAAACUGUUUGCUAGUAAGAUCACUCUCGCUCGCCAUCAGAUCGUUCACACAGGAGAGAAACCUUAUCCUUGUUCUGAUUGUGGGAGGCGGUUUCCACGUGUCACCUCCCUUCAGGUGCACCAGAGAACUCACACGGGAGAGAAACCUUUCACUUGCACUGAAUGCGGGAAAUGUUUUGCAAUUCCGCAGCAUCUAAAUGAGCAUCGAAGGACUCACACGGGAGAGAAGCCGUUCUCGUGCUCCGAUUGCGGCAAAUGUUUUGCCCAUCGCUCCUCCCUCAACAAACAUCUCACGGUUCACAACAAAGAGAAACCACACGCUUGUGCAGAUUGUGGAAAAUGCUUUUCACAUCUGUAUCUGCUGAGGCUGCACCGCAGGACUCACACGGGAGAGAAGCCGUACUCAUGCGCUGAAUGCGGGAAGCUUUUUGCUCAUCGCUCCUCUCUUACUGAUCAUCAACGGUCUCACACAGGGGGGAAACACUGAGCAAGCAUCGCAGGAAAGAGAAAAAAAACUCUUAAAAACUGAUGAAUCAGGCCUGGUGCCUGGUCUUGAUAUUUGCUAUGCAAUUUUGAAUAACAUAGAUGGACUGGUCUCGGCUGCCAAUAAAUGAAGAACUGUGGGUGCCUUGAGUCCCUUGGUGCUUCUUUCUUGUGCUUCGUGUGGGAUGGAUCAAGGCAUAGAAAGAGGGGGCAUUUGCCAUUUGGGAAGCCGAAUUAAAGGAACUCCCUGUGCUCCUCCCCUACGAAUGAGUUUGUUUUUGCCUGACAAUGGAAAUUGAGAUACUGAUUCCUAUUGGGAAAGAUAAAUGUGAGGAAAACAGGAAUGGAUAUGCUUGUUGUGAAUAUAGGAAUGUUGUGCCCAUUAAAAUCUUGGGAAAGGGUGAAUUUAUUAAAUGGGUUGGUUAACUUUUAGUAUGUGAUAGAACUAAGUACGGUAACUUUUCAAUUGGUCUUCAUUUUUUAUAGUUUUUUAAUUAUUUGCCUUCUUCUGUCUCUUUCCAGCUUUCAAAUGACCCCAUCUAAAACCAACUGCUCUGUAAGGCUACACAUGUAUUCUUAUUGCUACGUUUUAUUACUCCUCUUUCUAUUCAGGCCUCUCCUAUUUAUAUCCCUGUCUCAUUUUCAAGUCAAUGCAUGGUUACUAGGGGAAUUUGGACCCUAUUUGCAAACUAGAGAGCCGUCGAAUAAAAAACGAAAUAACUCAAAACCCACAAAUGAAAAAACAAUGAAAACCAAUUGCAAAUUGUCUCAGUAUAUGACUCUCUACAGCUAUAUCAAAGGUGAACAACCCUUGCCAGCAGUAGUUUUUUUUAACUCCAUCCAAUUCAGCCCCAUUGUGUUUAAUUAAAGUCCAAAGUAUCCAGACUAUAUAGUUUAAUAAAUACAGGACCAUAAUCCACUGUGUUCUGAGUCCAUAGUAUAUCAGAUAAGUCAUAUGGUUUGUUGUAUUAAGAUUCAAAAAAACGACUGGACUUACCUGGGUUAUCACGGCAUAUUUCAUUCAUUCCUGAGGCAUGUUGCUGUAUGCUUGGCAUAGUUCCAGCACUUUUGUAUCCACUUUGGCUUGAGGACAAUAAGUAAAGGUUACAUUACAGUUUAAGCCAUGAUCCAUUUCUAGAGAACUUAUUUAUCCAGUACAUCAAUAACUUUUUCAAUAACAGGAGUCCUGCUAUUCCCCCCCCCCUUCUCAAUUCCUCCACCAAGUCAGUUAUUGGGAAUCUGAAUAGACUAGUGAGAUGGAUAUUAUGUUUUGAGACACAUUAUCAUGUUUUCUGUGGUCUCAUCAAUGGAUAUCAGUUUUAUGUGCAUUUGAGUCAAGCUGGACAUAGAAGUGCAGAUAUAGCCUUAAUAUCAGACAAACAAUCUGUUGCGCAAUCUCCCGACCUACCACUAACCAUUUAGAUUAAAUAAAGUAGUAAAAGUACAAAUCAGAUGAUGUUCUGCCAG